ACACACACACAUCUUAUUUAUUAUAGUUUUUUUCUUUUUUUAAAUAUCUGACACAUUUCCAUUGUUCAUGUGUUUAGAUUUCUGUGAUCUGACUCUGGAUCCCAACACAGUAAAUUAUAACCUCAUUCUGUCUGAGAAGAACAAAGUGGUGAGGUAUAAAGAGACAAAGCAGCCGUACUCUGAUCAUCCAGAGAGAUUUAACUCCUACUGUCAGGUGUUGAGUAAAGAGAGUGUGUGUGGACGCUGUUACUGGGAGGUGGAGUGGAGCAGUGAGAGAAAUGUGUUCAUAUCAGUCUCAUAUAAAGACAUCAGAAGGAAAGGACGGGGUGAUGAGUGUGUGUUUGGAUGCAACAAUCAGUCCUGGAGUCUGCAGUGUUCUUCUUCUUCUGUUCAUUUCUAUCACAACAACAUUAAAACUGAUCUGAAAGUUCCAUCAUCCUCCAGAAUAGGAGUGUAUGUGGAUCACAGUGCAGGAACUCUGUCCUUCUACAGCGUCUCUGAUACGAUGAAGCUCCUCCACAGACUCCACACCACAUUCACUCAGCCUCUAUACGCUGGAUUCAUGCUGAACUCUUACAGAACAACUGUGAGAUUAUGUGAUCCGUAAUAAAACAUUUGUACCCUAAGUUUCAAUUAAAAUAAGCAACGUUUUUUGUAUGUGAAGCUUCAUUCAGAAUGUCAUUAAAAUGUUCAUUUGUUA